AUGUCUUCAUCAACAUCAAUCGAACAGCAACAUCAAGAAUUUAAACGACAAAUAUCAGCACAUGAUACCUAUCCAUGUUUUCUUCUUGAUCAAACAUUUCAACAACGUAUAUCAUCAAAUCCAACAUCAAAUGUUAUGCCAUCAUUUUUAUCAUCACAAGCAUUUUCACCAUUAGCUAAAAGUCCAAUGACAACAUUAACAACAAGUAAUAAUCGAUUAUCAAAUAAACAAUCAAAUCAAUAUCGUUUAUUUCCAUCGAGUCCAUCAAAUAAUCUAACUUCAACUCGAUCAAAUACACGUUCAACAACACAAAUUGUUGAUGUACCUAUUGAAAAAACAAUUGUUCCGUUAAGAACAAUGACAGAUUUAUUUCCUGCAUUUUCUUAUACAAAUAUGAAAAUUUCAAAUAAACAAUCAUUAAAUUAUCCAAUGAAUACAACAAAUCAUAUCGUACCAAAUACAACAGGUGUAUCAAUAUUUGGUUUUCGUGAAGAAGAUUUAGAUAUGAUUAUACAACAAUUUGAUGAUAUUGGUCAAAUUGAGAAAGUUGAACGACCUUUAGGUUGUGAAAAUGGCAAUUUUUUAAAUAUUAUAUAUACAAAUAAUGUUUCAUGUCAAAAUGCCCUCAAUAGAGAUGGAAUUUCGUUUAAUGGAUAUAUGAUUGGUGUUGUACCAUUAAUUAAUAAAUAA